AUGGAGAGCUGUGAGCAGCUUGGUUUGCCAGUAGAUCCUGGCAACAAGCACUGGGACCAGGGAAAAUCUUCACUCUUGGACGUGAAGGUGGCACGCAUUGAAGAUCAUGUUAUUGGUGCAUGUAUAAAAUUACGGAAGGACAAGACUCAGCUAACAGUCACUGUGAAAAGAUUUGUGAAGAAGCUUGAGAAUAUUUCGGACAAUGAAGCUCAGGAGAUCCUGGAAGAGAAGAACUAUGUCGCUGCUCUUGGAGUAUGUGCCCAAGAUCCAAUGGGAAAUGGCUCAAGUGUAAGUGGUGGUGAAGUUUACUCAUUCCAGACUCCCAAGCGCUCCACCAAAAUGGCAGAGCUGGCCUCUGAAUUAGCCCAGACACCAGGACAGAGUGUUGCACCUGAUCACUCCGAGUGCCCUGAGAAGACAGCCAAAACCCCUCAAAGCAGCAAAAGUUCAAGUUCAAACAAAGUGCAGCAGAGGAGUAAAAAGAAAGAAUUUGUGUCUACCACACCUUACAGACUCAGAAAGAGGCUAGCAGCUCCAGAUCCAUAUUUAGAAAGUGAGAGUGAAUAUUCUGCUUCCUGCUCAGAGGAGGAGGAUGAGGAAGACCAGAAAGAAGCCAGCACUGUUUUAUCAGGUCGAAAGACCCCAGCAAAAAUGAAGGCUGCAUCUAUGCCUCCUUCCAGAAACACCCUAGCCAGAAAAAUUAAGGAGGACAAGAUGAGCAAUCCGGUGGAGGAAUACUUUGAAGCUCACAGCAGUUCCAAAGUGCUCACUUCAGACCGAACACUGCAGAAAUUGCAGAGAAGAAGAUUGAAUCAGCAAACACUGCAUGACCUUUUGAAAAAUGCUCCCCUUGCCUAUGCUGCUGAAAUUAAAGAGCUAAACCAGCAACACGAAUCCCUGUUUUCCAAGUGGAUGCUGCAAUUACACUUGGGUUUCAGUAUCGUGCUUUAUGGACUGGGCUCAAAGCGUGAUUUGUUAGAGAAGUUUCGUACCUCUGUGCUCCAGGAUUCUGUUCACCUUGUGGUUAAUGGCUACUUCCCCAGCAUCACUGUGAGAUCUAUUCUCAACUCCAUCACAGAGGAGGUACUGGACCAUAUAGGGACCUUCCGCAGCCCCCUUGACCAACUUGAAUUCAUCAUUAAAAUGUUUAAAGAAGAUUCAUCUUUAAAGCUCUAUGUCCUCAUUCAUAACCUGGACAGCCAGAUGCUGAGAGGAGAAAGAAGUCAGCAGAUCCUUGCACAGUUAUCCUCUCUGCCUAGCAUUUACCUCAUUGCCUCUAUCGAUCACAUCAAUGCUCCUCUCAUGUGGGAUCAGGCAAAGCUAAGCCUCUACAACUGGCUUUGGUAUGAAACAACCACAUUUAGUCCUUACGUGGAAGAAACGUCUUACGAGAACUCGCUUUUAGUACAACAGUCUGGAUCUCUGGCUUUGAGCUCCCUGACGCAUGUUCUGCACAGUCUCACUCCCAAUGCCAGGGGGAUAUUCAGACUGCUUGCUCAGUACCAGCUGGAGAACAAGGACAACCCAUCUUAUCCAGGGCUGUCUUUCCAAGACUUCUACCAGCAGUGUCGGGAGGCUUUCCUUGUGAACAGUGACCUGACGCUCAGGGCACAGCUGACAGAAUUCAGGGACCACAAGCUCAUUCGGACCAAGCGGGGAGCUGACGGUGUGGAAUACUUAUUAAUUCCUGUAGAUGACAGUACCUUGACUGACUUCUUAGAGAAGGAGGAUGAAGAUGUAUAACGUCUCUCUGUUCUCAAA